AUGCGGGGGCUGCUGGCGCCCCAGAACACCUUCCUGGACACGAUCGCCACCCGCUUCGACGGGACACCGACCCGCCGUUUGCUCCUAGGGAAGGGCGACCUGCUGGGCUGCGACCUCUCGGGCCAGGAGCGCGUGAUCAAGGCCAACGCGGACGUCAAGGGCCUGACCUACUGCGACCUGCAGUGCCUGAGCCUGCGGGGGCUGGGCGAGAGCCUGGCGCUGUACCCCGAGUUCGCCCGCAAGUUCCGCCAGGAGAUCCGCGCUGAGCUCAGCUACAACCUGGGCAGCGCCGGGGCCCAGGCCGACACCAGCUCGCUGAACGGCGACAAUACCCUGCUGGAGGAGAAGGCGGCUGAGGCCGCGCAGGACGCCCCGGUGCCCCCGCCCCGCUCGCCAGCCGGCCCAGUCCUGGAGCCCUCCGAGGCACCGUCCAGCCCCCAGCUGCCCCCUGACCGCCCCCCAUCAGCCGUGGGAGCCAAGCUGCUGUCGCCCAGGAGGGGCGGCCUGCCCCGGACGCGGCGCCUGCCACCCGCUGCCAGCCUCCAGCUCCACAGCCUGCCCUGGAUGGGGCCCCCCGACCUCAGCCCCAGGGUGGUGGACGGCAUCGAGGAAGACGCCUGCGGCUCGGAUAAGUCCAUGUUUAGCUUCCAGGUCGGCCCCAACUGCAACAGCCCCUCCCCCGGGCCAGAGAGCGGGUUGCUCACCAUCCCCCUGGGCCCCGCGGAGCUGACGGGCGCCGACGCCAUCGAGAAGCUGCGGCAGGCGGUGGCCGAGCUGUCGGGGCAGGUCCUGCAGAUGCGCGAGGGGCUGCAGUCGCUGCGCCAGGCUCUGCAGCUCUUCCUGCUGUCCCAGCCGCCGGCUCCACUCGCCCGCCCCGAGGGCACCGCCUCCUACGCGGCCUCGGCCUUCCCCAGCGCCACCCUGCUGCAGCCGCUGCGCGUGGAGACGGGCAUCCCGGCCUUCUUCCUGCACAGCGCCGCGCCCGGCCCAUGUCUCAACGCAGCCUGCCCCCGCGCCCGGCCUGCACCCCCCUGGGCCUGGGGCCCGCCCGCCUCCCACAGCGCCCCGUGGACCUCGGCAGGGGGGACAGACGCGGAGCUCGGCAGCACGUGGCCAGCGGCCGGCCCCAGGGACCUCACUGCUCCCACGGCAGCACCGGCCUCCCCUGGCCCCCAUGGACACCACGGGGCCACGCCCCCGCCACAGGCUCCGCCAGCCCCUGAGACGGACCCCCAGGGACCUCCAGCUCCGGCCACUUUGCCUCUGCCCUGGGACCCGCCCAGCCUGGAGAUGGUGCUGCUGGGCUGCCACGGUGCCAUGAGUGCCCCCUGCUGGCCCCGGGAGGAGGGCACAGGCAUGUGAAGUCUGCACCCCCACACACACUGGGAUUUUUCUGCCUCCCUGGAGAGCCAGGGGGCCUGGCCGGG